AGAGAAUGUUUUAAGAGCCGGGAGCCAGCGCUCAACGGCUGUCUUUUCUUAUUUUGUAUCUACUACAUUUAAAAAAUAAAAUAAAGUUUAGUAUAAAUAAAGUUGUCAAGGAAAUAAUAAAAGAAAAACAAUAAAAGUUAAGUUAAACAACAAGCUCUCGAGUAUCAACUUAACUUUGUUGACUACAGGGUCAAAGUCGUGCUCUUACAAUACAUUCGGAGCACGUCAAUUAUGGCCUUUUCCAUCGGGAUCAUUUUUAUCGCACUGGCAUCGAUCGCCCACACGUUGCCGACUCCAAUUAAAAUUGGAGCUAUUUUCCAUGAUGGUGAGGAAGCAAACUACGAAGCUAUGAAAAAAGCACUUACGACUAUAAAUGAAGAAAAUGUAGCGCCGAGUUUUAAACUCGAACCGAUCAUAAAAUGGGUAAACUCAAGCACCGACAGCUUCAAGACAUCGCUUGCAGCAUGUAGUCUAGUGGAAGAAGGUGUUGCCGCGAUAUUCGGCCCUGGUAAUCCUCAUACACGCAAUAUUGUCUCGAGUAUCGCAUCGAAAUUUCAAAUUCCUCAUAUUGAGUAUUCAUUCCGGCGUAUGGACGACGUUGAAGAUUCUUAUAAUACCGUUCGCGCUUAUCCCGACAGCGAAAAAAUUUCCGAUGCAUUGGCUGUCAUGCUGGACGCUAUGAGCUGGUCGCAGUACACGAUUUUAUACGAAACAGACGACGGAUUGUCACGACUGCAGAAACUUUUGUGGAAACACGGGCCCAAAGACUCGCCGGUGACAGUCCGUCAACUGAAACCGACAUACGAAAAAUAUUCAAGUGAACCAAACUUCCGGCCGCUGUUGAAAGAAGUCGAAAAAUCGACGGACUUCGAUGUCAUUAUUGAUGCUGAUCCAGUACAUUUUACUACCAUUGUUAAACAAAUGCACGAAGUUAAAUUACUACGUGACUAUUAUAAUUAUUUCAUUACGUCACUGCAUAUAGCAAAGGAAGAAAUGCUUCCUGCACUCAAUGGGACGGAAGCCAAUGUCACAGCAAUACAAAUAAUUGCUGACGAAUCGUAUGAAUUACCGACGGUAGAGAGUGCAGUUCUCUUUGACUCUGUUUUACUUUUCCACGAGGCACUUGAGGUCCUGCAGAAACGUUUGAAGAUCAACGGUCAUCAUCUAUUGACCAUUAAGCCCGAGGCACUUUCCUGCGCAGACACGGAAACUAAAUUUGAAGCAGGUCUUAAUUUGACCGAGUUGAUGCGCGAGAUAUCAUCGAGUGGACGGACAACAGGUUUAAUGAAAUUCGACGAAAAUGGUGGGAGAACAUUUGAAAUUAAAUUUCAAGAGUAUCGGUUAAAUAAAGUAUUUGAGUCGGCAACUUGGAUCGAUGGUGCAUUGACUGUUAUGAGAACGGAAAAGGAUCGAGAGCAGUCAGUAUCACAAGCUAUUGAGCAACGGCAUUUUACUGUAACAACUAAAGUUGGUGAGCCAUGGAUCAUUCCAGUUCAAGAUGGGUCAUUGCGCGGAAUACAAAUCGAAGAUAAGAGAUACGAAGGUUACGCUGUCGAUUUAAUUUACGAAAUCGCCGAAAUUUGUAAGUUCAAAUACACAUUUCAACUCGUUCCUGAUAAACAAUUUGGCACACUAGAUGAAAACACUAAACAGUGGAACGGCAUGAUUGGGCAAUUAUUAAAUCGAGAAGCAGAUUUAGCCGUUUGUGAUUUCACGAUAACAAAAGAGCGUGAAAACGUUGUUGAUUUUACAAUGCCAUUUAUGAAUCUUGGUAUAAGUAUAUUAUAUCUUAGUCCUGAAGAUAAAGAACCCGAACUUUUUUCAUUUCUAUCUCCUUUUUCGGCGGAUGUUUGGAUUUAUAUGGCAACUGCUUAUCUCGCUGUGUCUAUGAUGCUCUUCAUACAAGCCAGAAUGGCACCAGCUGAAUGGCAUAAUCCACAUCCAUGCGUAUCGGAGCCCGAGGAACUUGAAAAUAAUUUCAGUUUUAAAAAUUGUCUAUGGGGAACCUUAGGCUCACUUAUGCAGCAGGGUUGUGACACACCUCCAACAGCUGGAUCAAUACGCACGAUUGCCGGCUUCUGGUGGUUCUUUGUUUUAAUUAUGGUAUCGUCAUACAUGGCGAAUCUGGCGGCUUUUUUGACGGCUGUUAAAAUGGGCGUGACUAUAAAUAAUAUUGAAGAACUCGCUGCACAAUCAAAAAUUAAAUAUGGGUCUUUGGGAAAGGGAUCGACUGCUGCGUUUUUCCGAGACUCGAAUGUCACGACGUACCAAAAAAUGUGGCAAACAAUGACGGACGCAAAGCCCAGCGUAUUUGUGAGCAGCAAUGCUGAGGGAGUCGAUCGUGUAUUGAAGGGAAAAUAUCUGUAUGCAUUUUUAAUGGAAUCCACGGCUAUUGAGUACGCCGCCGAGAGAGACUGUAAUUUAAUGCAAGUCGGAUCUCUAUUGGACAAUAAAGGAUACGGAAUAGCUUUACCGCCAAACUCUCCGUACCGUACAGCAUUGAGCUUAGCAAUAUUGCAGCUUCAGGAGAAAGGGACUCUAAGAGAAUUAAAAGAUAAGUGGUGGUUGAAAGACAGUAAAAAUUGUACACGCAGUGAGCCAGAUGAUGGCGCAUUGACGAUAGCACAUGUCGGUGGUGUGUUUUUGGUUCUUGGGACUGGUAUUGUUGCAUCGAUUAUUGUUAGUAUUACGGAAUUUUUAUGGAACAUACGUAAAGUUGCUGUUGAAGAAAAAAUAACUCCACAGGAAGCACUGAAGGCUGAAUUAAGAUUUGCAAUAAAUCUAUCACAAGACACUAAGCCCGUCCGAGUAUCUCAAAGUACAAGUAGAAGUACAUCAAGUGAGGGGUCAUCUGGGACGAAUAGAUUUACAAGAGCAGCGUCAGCUGCCAAAUCAUUUUUACGUCUCGAUAUUAUUGAUAAAAUUGAGUCACAAAGCAAAAAAGAAAGUACUCCUACUAGCAAAAGUAAUAAAAUAAAAGUAUAAUAAACAAAUUAUCGACUAACUAACGUGUUUACAAA